AUGAAUAAAAGCUCAUCAUAUCCAAGGCUAUUCAGUGCUCAACACCAUCUACUCAACUUCUUCUCUCAUGUUCUAGUCUUUGGCUCUGGUUUGCUCAUUGGAAUCACCCUCAAUUUCUGUCUCAAAGACUUGUCCCUCAACUUUCAAAUCAAGCAAGUUCUCUUUCAAACCCUGCCAUCUUUCUCUCCUCCUCCUCCUUCUUCUUCUACUGCUGCACCCAUCUCAAACUCCAUUGCAAUAUCAAAUAAUCAGACAAAAGUCACCACCUUCACCCCAAAUGGGUUAAAGGGUUUCUUGGAACCAACCAAGGCUAUGCAUGAUAUGACAGAGGAAGAAUUGCUGUGGAGAGCUUCUAUGGUUCCUAGGAUUAAGGAACUCCCAUUCAAACAGACCCCAAAGGUUGCAUUUAUGUUUUUGACAAAAGGACCUUUGUUUUUGGCUCCUCUGUGGGAGAAAUUCUUCAGAGGAAAUGAAGGGUUGUAUUCUAUCUACGUCCAUUCCAAUCCUUCUUUCAACAAAACAGUGCCUCAAAGUUCUGUGUUUCAUGGUCGCAGAAUCCCAAGCAAGGAGGUGAGGUGGGGUGACUUCAACAUGAUAGAGGCAGAGAGACGUCUAAUAGCAAAUGCACUUCUUGACUUCUCAAACCAACGUUUUGUUCUGCUCUCAGAGUCAUGCAUUCCUUUGUUCAAUUUCUCAACAAUCUAUAAUUACCUUAUGAACACAAACAAGACCUUUGUGGAAGCCUAUGAUUUUCCUGGUGCAGUGGGGAGAGGAAGGUACAGCCCAAGAAUGAAGCCACUUGUUAGGCUUUCUCAAUGGAGGAAAGGGUCCCAAUGGUUUCAGAUAGACCGUGACCUUGCCAUUGAAAUAGUCUCUGACAAACAAUACUUCCCAGUGUUUAAAAAGCACUGUAGGAAUGGAUGUUAUGGUGAUGAACACUACUUGCCCACAUUGGUUAGUAUCAAAUUUUGGGAGAGGAACUCAAACAGAACUUUGACAUGGGUUGAUUGGUCAAGGGGUGGACCCCAUCCAUCAAGGUUUAUGAGAACAGAUGUAACUAUUGAAUUCUUGAAGAGGCUAAGGCAUGGAAGCAGAUGUCAGUACAAUGGGAAGACCACUAAAAUUUGUCAUUUGUUUGCCAGAAAGUUCAUGCCUCAGGCUUUAGAUAGACUCCUGAGGUUCGCUCCACUGAUAAUGCACUUCAAUUGA